CUGUAAAUAGAAUAAGCACCUUUUUAAUUUUGUCUUCUGAUCGGGAAUAAUGGCCGGAAGCCGGGCGGCGGCGGUGGUGUUUUUGCUUUUGGCGGCGUCGGCAUCGCUGUGUACAGCUGUGAGCGUGGAUUACGACGGGCGGGCGUUGGUGAUCGACGGCAAGCGUAGGGUUUUGGUCUCCGGAUCCAUUCAUUAUCCACGUAGCACUCCUGAUAUGUGGCCGGAUUUGAUAAAGAAAUCGAAAGAGGGAGGGUUGGAUAUUAUCGAGACUUACGUUUUCUGGGAUAUGCAUGAACCAGUUCGAGGCCAGUACGAUUUUACCGAAAGAAAAGAUUUGGUGAAAUUCGUAAAGUUGGUUGCUGAAGCUGGUUUAUACUUGCAUCUUCGUAUCGGUCCUUAUGUUUGUGCCGAAUGGAACUAUGGUGGAUUCCCUCUGUGGUUGCAUUUUCUACCCGGUAUUCAGCUUCGUACCGACAAUGACGUAUACAAGGCCGAAAUGCAGCGAUUUACGGCCAAGAUUGUGGGCAUGAUGAAGCAGAACAAUCUGUAUGCAUCGCAAGGAGGUCCCAUUGUUUUGUCUCAGAUCGAAAACGAGUACGGAAACAUCGACUGGCAGUAUGGUUCGAGUGCGAAGCCUUACAUUGAUUGGGCUGCACAAAUGGCAACCUCGAUGAACACGGGUGUUCCGUGGGUUAUGUGCCAGCAGAACAAUGCCCCUGAUCCCAUGAUAAACACUUGCAAUGGAUUCUACUGUGACCAAUUCACCCCUAACUCGCCUUCGAAGCCGAAGUUUUGGACUGAACUCUGGAGUGGAUGGUUUUCUGCAUGGGGAAAUCCGGUGCCGUACAGACCGGUCGAAGACGUUGCGUUUGCGGCAGCGCGGUUUUACCAGAACAACGGAACCUUGCUCAACUAUUACAUGUACCACGGUGGAACUAACUUCGCCCGAACUUCUGGUGGGCCCUUCAUCACAACUAGCUACGAUUAUGAUUCUCCGAUCGAUGAAUAUGGUCUUCUUAGGCAGCCUAAGUGGGGCCACUUGAAAGAUUUACACAAGGCUAUAAAGCUCUGUGAAGAGGCAAUGGUGUCGACUGUCGGUAAUACAACUAGUCUCGGCCAGAAUUUGGAGGUCACUGUUUAUCGAGCUGAAUCAGGCGAAUGUGCAGCGUUUCUUGCCAAUUUCGAUUGGCAGUUAGACGCAACGGUGACCUUCAACGGCAAUUCUUACGACUUGCCGGCUUGGUCCGUCAGCAUAUUACCCGACUGCAAGAAUGUAGUGUACAAUACUGCUAAGGUGAAUGCUAUAACGGCCCUCACAAAGUUUGUGCCACAAACAUCACAAAGCGGUUCGAAUUCAUCGGUUGUAUCCCUCUCGAGCUGGAGUUGGUUUAAGGAACCUGUCGGAAUUUCACUCAACAAAGAAGCGUUCGUUUUACCUGGUUUGGUUGAACAGAUUAACACUACUGCUGACAAAAGUGACUUCUUGUGGUACUCUUUGAGUAUCGAUCUAAACGCUAACGACCCUUUACUUAAAGAAGGAUCUCAGAUACUACUUCAUCUUGAUUCCGUUGGCCAUGGACUUUACGCUUUCGUCAACGGCGAUCUUGCAGGGAGUGGAAAAGGUAGUAGCAGCAAUAACAAGUUUUCGAUGGACGUUCCGAUGAACUUGGAACCAGGAAAUAAUACCAUUGAUCUAUUGUGUUUGACCGUCGGGCUAUCGGUUCGUAACCGUAUUUUCAAUAACAAUCUUUUUUCGUUUUUUUAUUGGAACUAUGAUUUCUUACAUAACAAUGCAAAAAUAUUCCAGAAUUACGGAGCAUUCUUCGAUACGUACACAGCUGGAAUUGGCGGUCCGGUGCAGUUCAAAGGUUUAGCCAAUGGCUCAACCAUUGAUCUCUCCUCACAACAAUGGACUUAUCAGGUUGGUCUGAAAGGCGAACAAUUAGGCCUAUCUAACGGAGUUUCCGGACAAUGGGAUUCCCAGCCUGCUCUUCCUAAGAACACACCGCUAACAUGGUACAAGACAACAUUCUCUGCUCCAGCUGGCAAUAGCCCCGUUGCGAUCGACUUCACGGGAAUGGGAAAGGGGCACGCAUGGGUUAACGGACACGGGAUCGGCCGUUAUUGGCCAGCCAACGUCGCUCCGUCGAACGGAAACUGCGCGGACACAUGCAACUACAGAGGAUCAUACUCCAACAACAAAUGUCUUAAAGGCUGCGGAAAGCCAACUCAGCAGCAAUAUCACGUGCCGCGAUCGUGGCUUAAGCCGACCGGAAACACUUUGGUGGUGCUGGAGGAAAUCGGAGGCGAUCCGACGAUGAUAUCAUUCGCCACAAGAGAGCUAGGACUCAUCUGUGGCAAAGUCUCCGAAAACUACCCUGCACCCCUGGAUCUAUGGGACUCUAACUACUUGACACGUGUCACGAAACCGACUCUUUUACUAGAAUGCCCUUCUCCAUCACAGGUCAUAAAAAGGCUACAGUUUGUGAGCUUCGGAAAUCCGCAUGGAGGAUGUGGCGGUUACACACACGGCCGAUGCAGGAGCAAACGUGCUAGGCGCGUUAUACACAGGGCUUGCACGGGGAAAACGAAAUGCAGUAUCGAUGUGACGGUGGAGAAUUUGGGUGACCCUAACUGUGAAAAUGUGACAAAGAGUUUAGCUGUUGAAGCUUUCUGUGGUUAAUUAGUUCAUUUUCCAGCUUGCCAAUGUAAUAAAAUUUGUACAUCAAAUUUAUAAUCUGUAUAUAAAUAAAUUGCAAAUAAAAGUUAUUAUUUCCCCAUUUAUUUCUCAUGUUUUGUACAGUAUAAGUUCACAAGUCACAACACUUGUUACAAUUUAUUAAUUAUUAAUUUAAGCAAGCAACAAUUUUUAUUAUAUAGCAAUUUGUC